AUGGUACUGAUUCUGAAUAUAAUGGUCGCAGCAAAAAAAUUGGAUUCACUGAUUGUCAAUGAAUUAGCUCGAGAAAAUGUGCUUUCAAUAUUAAAAAUUCAAUCAAUACAUUCUCUUCAAUCUUUAUUGCAUACGAAUAAUGUAUUAGAAUUAUUUAACUUCGAUUGUUCCGAUUUAAUUGAAAUAAAGAAAAAAUCGUGUUUUAUGUUAUCAGAUGGGACGUAUAUCAUCAAAUGUGGAAUUAUUAAUGGACUAAACUACCUUACAAAUAUAUUAAAAUUAAAAGAUGAACAACGAACAAAACUGAAUGAAAGUCCGUCAUCAUUAAACGAAUUAAUAAUUAAACAUCCAUUAUUGAAAGCAUUCAUUUCCUAUUAUAAAACUAGUACUAUCUCCCUGGAUAAGCAUCAAGAAGGAUUUUUAACAACAUUAAUAAAUAAUAUAACAUCGAAUUUAAAAUGUCCAAAAAAUAAUGUUAGAUAUAAUCAAACAAUGCUAAAUUUUGCGCUGUCGUUAUUUAUACUCGGUGGUAAGAAUGCAUAUGAAUUCACUCGGUUGGAUAUUAGUCAAGUAUUCCCAAGUUUAACUACGUUGAAAAAAAUAACAUCGAAUAACAAUGAGAAUGUAAUUGAAGAAGGUAAAUUUCAAAUAGACCAUUUAUUGAAACAUGCAAGUGUAAUUGAUUGUCGUUAUGGAUUUAUAUCUGAAGACUGUACAGGUGUUAUACGAAAAAUAGAAUAUGAUUCAGCAACAAAUACAUUUAUAGGAUUUUCGACACCAUUGAUAUCCAGUUUACCAUCAUACAAACAUUUUCAGACAGAUUCAUUCGAUGAAUUGAAAAACUGGUUUUCAACUUAUGAAAAAGCUCAACUAUUGAAUGUACAUAUGUUUCAGCCGAUCACAAUAAAUUCAGCUCCCUCAUCAUCUUAUUUAUUAUCAGCAUAUGGUACGAAUAGUAAAUUUACAUCAAAUGAUAUAUGGCGUAGAUGGGUAUUUAUACAUGGCGAAUGUUACUCGAAACAACUUAAAGUUAUUGGUUUUUCAACGGAUUGUGAUGGAAAGUAUCUUAGAGCAAUGAGACUUCUUAGUGGUUUUUUCACCAGUUUAUCCAAUAUCAAAAUUACAGAUAAGCCAGAUGCUUUUUCCAUUAUUAUUCCCAAUAAUUGGACCUGGUUUUAUUUACGUAAAAAACAAUUAUUAUUAUUUUUUCAGGAUCCAAUUCAUCUUUGUACCAAACUACGAAACAGAUUGUUAUCGAAAAACUGUAAUUUGAUGAUGGGUAGUCAAACUAUUAAAUUAGAUUAUCUAGACGAAUUGAUAGAAACAGGUUCAAAACUAGAUCACGGUCUUGUUCGUUCUGAUUUAUAUCCAAAAGAUCGGCAAAACUAUGCAUCAUGUGUCAAAAUUUCAUCACCAACAAUUUUAAAAUUAUUAAAGCGAAGUCCUGAUACUAAAAUUGUUAAAUUAUCUUAUUAUAGCAUAUGUUGA